AUGGACGAAAAAAGGAUCUCUACAUCGUGGGAAGACUGCAUUCUCUCGCUUAUUGAGACCAUCUCCAGACCACCACAAAAACCCAUCGAUCUCCUUUCCACUCUGUACACCACCUACUUCCCUUCCGACGACAAAGACAUUUUCACAAAGCUACACGAAGAAUGCAAGGAUUUCUUUAAACCCGGAAUAAUCGAAAAGGAACUUAAAAAUAACAGUAACAUCAUAGGUAAAAUUAAACAGAAUUUAAAGAAUUACUGUGAAGUCAAGAGAGAGAAACGUGGAGAUUAUAUGAAUAUUUUGGUGGAGUCAUGUGAAACCUUUUACAAAAGGAUGACCACGAACAAAGAGGUGACGCAGUUCGUGGGCGUGAUGAUCACCUUCGCGUUCUUUCACCUUGCAAUUCUGAGUGAGAGAAACACACAUCAACUGGAAAUAUACGAAGGAUGGGGUAAUAAAUACAAAAAACAACUCCUCGAAAAAAUCUCCGCAUAUAAAGCAUACUUCAUUGACAUCUACCCAAAGUGGCAGGAUUGGAGGAAAGAUCAAAUCACCGUGAAAAUUGUACCGGAUUCUAAGAAGAAAGAAAACAUAAUUGGCGAGGUUCUGGACACCCUUACCACAGCCUCAUUUGUUAAAUACUCCUCGUCCCGAGAAACACAAAUUAAACUGAGGGGUGUUUGUGAAAAAGCGAAAAUUAGAUUUUAUAAUGAUAUAAACGCGAAAUUCAUGAAUCUUUACGUGCACACAUUUGCCCUAAAUAAAUUUUACCCGGAUAAACAUGAAGAACCUCCGAAAGCUCCAAAUUCAAAAGUGGCUACCGUGUGGUAUGGCACUUACGGGCGGGAUACGUUUCCGGAUGGCGAGCACGACAUUAAAGAUUACGAGGAAUAUGAACUUUCAAAUGAUUUGCCGGGAGUAAUUACCGGAAUAAACAUCCAAGAGUACAACGUUCUUGAUGCGCUCACAUUCCUCUACAAAAAUCGUCCUGGCGAGUUGGUGGGAAAUCCUCAAGGCGGACACUUGACUACCAUUCGAGGCUUGAAUGAAGAGUAUAAUCAUAUAAUUGCUGUGGAUCUGUAUUUUUGUCAUCGUGUAAUGUGUGCGAUUCAAUUCUUCUUCCCGGGUGGUGCGACAGAGGUCUUGGGUAACAGGUCCAACGCAGAUGCCGUAAGGAUUAGUUGCGGAUCAAUUGGAAAGAGAGGAGACUUUAAGCUGACUGGAGUGAAAAUGGCAAGCUCUACUGCCGAUCUACCGGGAAAAGAACUUUCGGUGGG